AUGUCCUCAAACCCCACCGAUAAUAACAACAAUAAUAACAGCAAUAAUGACAAUAAUAACGACAACGUCUUUACCACCGAACUAGGCCAUAUAACCAUCGAGCCCGACGACGGGGAAUCCUACUCUGGGAAGGUUCCCACCCACCGCCAACGCGCCAUCCAAACCAUUCUCCAAAACACGCCCCACGAGCCCGAGCAGAUCGAUGCCCUUGCCGCGGAGUACGGCUGGUUUCGCGGCGAUCCUGCCGGGGCGACAUAUGCGACUAACAAGCUCGUUGAGCUGGUCCGGGCACUGAAAGACCACCCUGAUCCUCCAGCACCACCUUCACCGCCGGAAAGUUGGAUCUGGUCUUCGGGUACUCUUUGGAGUGAGUUGCUUCUUCUCGGCCCCGAGGCGAGGGAAUGCUGGAAUGAUGCGCCAAGGUGCGAUGACGACGAUGGCGAGAUUCCUCUGCCAGAGAUCCACGCUUGGACGAAUGUUAAUGCUUUCGUUGCGCGUCUUGUGAAAGAGGAUGUUGCCCCCCUGCUCUGGGUCCAUGGGAGGUCUACGACGCAGCUAGAUGCCUAUGUCCCCGCAGCAGCAGUAUGGAUCCUCAUCGCGGGAAAAGAGCUGUGGGAGGGGGAAAGGAAUGAUCCUUAUCGAUCAUCGGAGGAGGCUGGCAAGAUAUGGCAAGUAAACUAUACGGACUAUACUAUUAUCGUAUUCGAGGCCUAUAUUCUAAAUACUCAUUCCUUACUUAUGAGAAAUAGAAAUAGAAAUACGAUACUUCGAUUCCAUUCCAUUCUGUGCGAAACGAAUCUGAUCUGA